AUGCCUGCUGUAAGGCCCGUCGGUCGGCCGUAUUCGAGUCAGAACGGCGCACCGGCCGCGUCUUCUUUUAAGCCUCCAACAGCUGUGAGAGGCGAGUAUGAACCUCUCUCUCUCAACGAUGCUCUGUAUAAUCAUCUCGUUUUACCCCCCCAGCUUCCCCAUCGUCAAGACUCCAACUUGAUCGAAAUCGAGAAUGCUGUUACCGACCGGCUUCUAGCCUCUGUAAAGCAUCUUCGAGAUCUUCCCAACAACGACCUGAGCUACAUAUGGGCCUCGGUUGAGCGUGGUCUCCUCGCCACCAAGAGCGUCCACUCUGGAGGACAUGUCGACAGAACCUCGCUUGUGCGAGAACUGAACGACAUUUUUGGAGAGUCCGACUUCCUUGUGGUCUACGUACGAAGUCAGAAUUGUGCUUUGUACAUCCGGCGGUCUCAAGAUCCUGUCCUUGGUGCCUCAGUCGUGUUCGAGGCUUUCGAAACCUCCGCCCGCAACGAGGAUGUUUUAGCAACCGAUAACGCUCUCCAGUGGGAUUUCCCCGGCUGCGCGGUGGCUGUUCCCUUGCAGACAUACCGUGACGAUGGUUUCAUUUCGACACUUGCCAAUUUCCUUGAUAACGCUUCUAGAGAAUCACUCACAGAUUUCUCCGCUCACGCACUGAAAGCUGGCACUUCGAUGCCUGAGUACCGAAACACAUCGGAGCCCGCUCUUGUGUCUUCUAUGCUUAUAGCUAUACUUCAACAAAACGGUCGCCGCCUUGCACCAACCCUAUUGCAGAAGAUGGUACGGGACGACGUCUGUUGGAAGAAUGCCGAGAAGCCGUGGAAACGACUCCCGUAUUGGCUCGUCUUACGCGUGGCCAUCUCCCGAUACUUGUCCCAGCGCCUCGGAGGGGAAAUUGGACGUGUAGAAUACAAGUUUCUGUUGGGACACCUUUUCAGCGAAUUUCUGACACAUGUUCAACAUUCCGGGAUCCGCAUCGAUCGACUGGACUUCCUCAAGAAGAAGAUUUGCAGGCGCCUGGUCAAACUAGAUGUCGAUAAUGACCGAUCGCAAAAUUGCCAAGUCACGGACAGGAUCGGGUAUCUGUUUCUUGGUCUCGGCCCUGGAAUCCAGAACUCGGUCUCCAAAGCAGCCCUCUUCAUCGAGGCUUCAUGGAAGCGGCAGAAGCUUGCCAUGACCAAAUUAAUUCCCCCGCUUCCGAAACAAGCUGCUUUUGAAGAUAUGAAGCUUGAUCUCAAGAUUAGCGGGCAAACAUUGCACAAGAUCUGGCAAGGUUAUUCUCGACCCGUCAAAUUCAAUUUGGGUCAGCAGAACUCCGUGAGCGUUGCGGAAGCUGCCAAGCAACACUUAAUGUCGUUCGCCCUCGAACACUUCAAGUUGAUCAAAAAGGAGAUGACUCAAAACGCGUUCUGCGACGAAGCCAGCUACUCGCCACGAUCAGUUAUCGAGAAAGCGAGUUGCCUAGUCAACAACUACCUUGCACAGGCUUCUGGGGCUUACCAAAAUAUCCCUGAGCUCAAGAGCACCUUGAUUUUGAACGUCAUGGAUCUUUGGGUCAGUAUGGACAAGGCAAUCUGCAGCCUCUACCCUAUACUAGGAGAGUUCCAUCCCAUUUUCCGACCUGAGAUGCUGGAUGUUCUGCUUCUCUCAACAGUUAAUGAAAUGAAGAGACUCCAGAAGAUUCAGUUUUACUUACAAGAUCGCAUUGCUGCCUGCGAAGGCCCAGUCAGUAUCUUUGAUGAUCCUGUCCGCGGAUCAUUUGGCCAUCGAGUCUACGACUCCUCAGAAAUGUCGGAUGAGAUGAAAGACUUACAUGAGUCGAUUGAGAGAUGGGCAACUAACUUGCGCAAUGCAAAAGAACAGGAAUGGAAAACAAAAUCGCAAGAGUAUACAAGACUCUCCAAAAGCAUUGAUGAAAGUACUUGUGUCUACCAGGUCGACGACAACAACCCGCUUGCACCUGGCUAUCAUGACCCUGAUUGCCGCCGAUGCUACUUGAAGCGACAGCUGGCAAGGAUCCGCAUCCAAGCUUAUGAACAUCCUCUUCCAUCUGAUCCGUUUGUUGCCAAGUCUGUAAUUUUUGAACUUGUCUGUCCUCAGACCUUGGCGACAUACCGGGAUGUGACUUGGUCCAUCAUCGCGUGCCUAGCUCUUCAGGGGGAAGAAGGUAUCGACCCGAAAUGCUGGCUGUUCUUUGGCAUCUGUUACGAAGCCCUUACCUCGCCCUUUUCCCAAAUCGCUAAAGACACUACCUUUUUCAAGAACUCGUAUGGCCCCUCUUCAUACGAAACCAUGGCAACAGCAUCCAGAUGCCCUCAAGGCAUCAAUGUUCAUGAGUUUCUCGCAUUCCAGACUAUUGCUUCUGGGAAGUCGAGGCGCUGGUUAUCUAUUCUCACUGAACUAGCCUCCGCCAAUCUAAACUUCUCGAACGAGGCAACCAUGUUGCUUUUGAGCCACCUAGCUCUCCAGUGCGGUCCUUUGGACAGUUCAGGGAGCGUUUUCAGGCUCAUUCAUGAAGCUUUCCGCGAUCACAGCUUCUGCGGAAAACUUCUUCAGCAACUAUCGCACCGAUUGGACAGUCUAUUUGCAAAUUGGAGAGAGACCUAUCUCAUGGAAACAGUCAUUACCCUUACACUACGUCUGCUAGACUUCUCGUGGGCUUCUGGUUUUCAGGACAUAUCGGAAGAGGCGAUGUCUUUGUUGUUGCGAGUUAGGAAUGCCUGUGUGCGCUGGUUCAAGCUCCUACGUACGGAGUCGUACAAGGUCAAUGAUGCUGAAGCCGCACAACGGUUUCAACAGUACUCUCUAUGGGCUGCCCUUUUAUGCAAGCGAACUUUCACACCUCUAACGUACGGUCCCCUGGAAUUAGACGACUGUGCUCUCGAAACCUACAUCCAGAGCAGUAUCAUGUUGAACGACAAUCUCGUGGUCAAAUUGGAAGCCCUGCCCCAACUUCUACAACAUGCCAUCAUACGAGAUAUUCGGCUCUCCUACAAACUAGCACACCUCAUUUCAGAAUCUGUCCUUCGAAAUCCCGAGGCUUUCCGUCUUUCACUUCGAGAGAUGUGGCCUGAAGAAGAAGGGUGUCCAAGGACUUUCUACCAGAUACAGCUAGAACCAGAUGCCCUUCACUGGAUUUCAUGCCGAUCGAAAGCAGCUGAGGAUGCAAACGAGCAAACUGUGUUCUACAACUGCGUACAGGGAGUUCUACUGGUUGACGGUCGACCCAUUGGCAAGCUUCCGGAAGACCCCAAACAGUCACUGGUUUUGAACGAACUUUUCGGGAACCAGUCACUUCUAACAUAUCCUUCAGCUCGCCCAGCAAUGCAGUAUGUGCUCUGCUCUGACCUACCAGGUCCAUUACUAGAUGACUGUUUCCACUGGUUGAACCUGCGAAAUGGAGAGGUUCUGAUCGCCAGAAGAGACAGACCUUGGCCGGAUGAUAAUUUCAGAUGGUACACUCUAAGCCUCAAAGACUCAACAUGUGCAAGGCCACGUGUGUACAAAGGCUUUCCUACAAAGGAUUAUGUUAUCAACACAUACAGCCCCUUGUUCAACCGCGUGACGCGCAUUCUUGACUCGUUCGAGGAUCGCGACAAGAUUGUUGUUUACCAACCAGGUGGAAAUCGAAACCUCACUGUAGAGCUCAAACGGCUCAACAUAUUAUUCUACACCAACAAAAACCGCCUUCUCGAGUCGCCUCAGUUGCAAUGUCAGAUUGAUAUAAAUCAGGAUGCAGGCACUUGGUACGGCCUACGUAGCAAGCUGGUAUGCACUAGCCUUACCAACCCGAUGCACAGAUUCAUAUUGGUCCCAUUGGGUACCCCGAGUGCUCAAUCAGAAGGUUGUCAUGUCGUGAUACGAAUUCGACCAGAUGGGAAAUAUGGAAGAUUCAGCAUCAACACAACACUGGGGAGAAUUGACUGUGCACCAGAACCUACUCUCGUAUUUAUGAAAGCUCUUCUGCAUGCUUCCACCUCUUUCCUUUUGCCCGAUCCUUUGACUGGCCGCACCGGAACUGAAGAAGCUAUCCAAUGGCUGCAAGCGGGCAUAUCACAGCCAUGGUCGCCCCUUACUCCGCCUUCCAUUCAGGUGUUGCAAAAAAUUGCCCAACUAACACCUCGCAGGGUCUACUAUCCAACUGACCUCAAAGUGAUGCGUACAGACUACUGGAUCGAAUCACUACCUGUGAGGCUCCAGAGCUCCGAAUUCAGACCCAUAGUAGACCAGAUCUUACAAGAGUCCACUACGUUGGCAACCUUUGCAACCAAAGAUCAGAUUGCUGUCGAACAGCCCCAAUUACCCUCGCCGGGAGAGUCACAUCUCCAUGCACGAGUCAUGUUUCGGCAAAAUGCCGUUGAAAGACACUUGGUUGACAGGCUGUGCGCGGCAAGACGCAUCCCCCAGAAGUACAUUCCCCGGGAUCGCCCUUCAGUUACGAACAUUAUGCAUCGCAAUGUACUCGAAGUGGCACAGCUGAUACGCAAAUGGCCACAGGGAUUCAAGACCACUGAUUGCCUCGCUCAGCUUUUGUCACAGGGCAGCACUGUCGGUGGAUUCUUGGUGCCGUUUGAAGCGACAUCCCUGAAUGAGAAAUUGAAGGUUAAUGUUCUUCAAUGUUGGGGAUCACUCAUCCGGUUCGCCCGAGAGACCACAGACCGCUAUAAGCUUAUGUAUCUAUUUGGGCCGAUGUCCUUUAACUUAGAUGCUAACAUGCCGCUUCUGCGAACCUUGAUUGCCUCUGCAGUUUUUGGGGAAAUGAAGGAGCUUGAUCUACCCCAGUGGGAUGAGUUUGAUCACUUUCAAUCUAACCAGGCACCACAGCUCGAUUAUCUUAUUCAGCUUCUCAAGCCCCAUAGAGUUGCUCCGCCGGAAGACGAUGCGAUGGGUUUGGGCCAGUACUCGAGCGGCAAACUUUUGCGCAAGCUCCAAAUUGAACGAGCCAAGCACGAAUCUAAGGUUGAAGAAGAUUGCAAAUUCCUGGCGAAUCAUCUUCUGAGCCAGUGGCCUUGUUUAGAACCCAAUGUCAGUGGUUUGUCACGAUCUUUGCUAGUUGAUAUCGGCCCUGCUUUGGAAGUUAUCCGUCCAGAGUGGAAACGUCUCUUCAUGAAUAGGGAUUUGGCUGAACAUCUCAAUAACUUCCAAGCAAUUCUUGACCGUCGCACCUUGGAGGAUCGAUACGAACCACCCCCAGUUCCGACUUCUGAAGAGGUCUUUGCAGUAAGGAUUCGAGGGGGUGAAAUUAUCGACUUACGUCAACUCCUGGCAAAGCCCUAUAGCACUCUCAAAACUACUGUGGCCAAGCAACAAACUCCAGUAAACAGCUCAACCGACCGACCGUUCUUGAGCACAAGCGACUUCCCGCAAGGGUUUGCCAACUUCACUAAUUCUCACUGGACUGGGGUUUCGAAACGUGAUUCUGCAUUGCUACCUACAAGCAGAGAUGUGACAGAGUCUGUGAUGAAGUUGGACUCAAUUGCACAGCGUCUUGGGAAAUCUAAAUCGGCAGUCAGAGAGCGAUACGCCAAAGACUUCCAGAAGAGCUUGGCCGCAUUCCAGCGUCUCGAUAGUUCGCAAAACCUCAAAAGUCCCAUGAAGAUGCGGGACUCCGAAGUCAAACUCAGUUCUGAGGUCGUUAAGAAUGGCUUUAUGGCAAUUUGUUCAGCUCUUGAUACCCCAAAUUCAACAGUGUGUUCACGGCAAAGGAUACUCUGGCUUAAAGCUGGAGACUUGUGGCCGAUCGUCACGAAGGCCACAUUGCUUUCUUCCCUUGGCUCCGUGGCAUCCACGACACAAGGCUCUGGUUUUGGAAGUGGAAUGCGAAAGGCCAUUUUGGGAAUGGGUGUUGAUAUCACCAAGUACCAGAGAGAGGUUCGACUUCACGAUCUGGCAUUGAAGAAGGCACCAGGGAGGUAUCACGAGGAAGAAUCCAACAAGGGGCACUCAAACUGGAGCCCAGAAGAGUAUCCAGAUUGGCUGCUACUUGAGAUUGAGUCGAACAUGAUGAUUCGGCCAGUUCAGAUCGACGUGGCGUUGGCUACUAUCUCUCCUUUGUCUGGAUCGAACUCUGUACUACAGAUGAACAUGGGUCAAGGCAAGACCUCUUGUAUCAUCCCCAUGGCGGCAGCAGCGCUUGCUAACAAGAAACAACUUGUGCGAGUCAUUGUGCCAAAAGCUCUUCUCCAACAGACAGCUCAGCUACUGCAAGCCAGACUUGGGGGAAUUUUGGGACGUGGUAUCCGGCAUGUACCUUUCUCGCGCAGAACUCCGACUACUGAGAAGAACAUUAGAGCAUAUCACUCUAUUCAUAGGCAAAUGCUCAAGUCUGCAGGCAUCAUGAUAUGUCAGCCUGAACAUCAUAUGUCUUUUAUGCUUAGCGGCCGACAACGGCUUUUGGACGAACAACCCGCGCAAGCAGGUCCAAUGAUCAAAGUCCAGGAGUGGCUCACGCGGGUUUCACGAGAUAUCUUGGAUGAGUCAGAUUAUACUCUGGCAGUGAGAACCCAGCUUAUCUACCCCUCUGGAUCUCAAACGACGGUCGAUGGGCACCCACACCGAUGGCUUGUUGCCGAGGCUGUUUUGCGAUUAGUUGAUAGUCAUUUAUAUGAUUUAUCCCAUGUUUUCCCUCAUUCUAUCAGUGUCAUUCGUCGUAAGGGUGGCGGAUUUCCCUUUGUUUUCUUCCUUCGACAGGAUGUUGAAGACGAGCUGGUAAGCAGGCUCACGGCAGACAUAUGUCAUGGCGCUGGCGGGAUCUUGCCAAUGACCGAACAGGCUAUGGCGACAAAAGACAGAGUUGCUGUUAAGGAUUUCAUUUCCUCGGCAAGGCCCAGAUCUUCAAGUAUCAGCCACAUUCGAACUUUCUCGCCAGACAAACCCAGCUUAAGGCAAACGAUUUAUCUGCUUCGCGGUCUUCUUGUCAACCGCAUAUUGAUGAUGACCCUCAAGAAACGUUGGAACGUUGAAUACGGUCUUCAUCCUCAGAGAGAUCCAAUUGCAGUGCCUUUUCAUGCCAAAGGUGUCCCAAGUGAUCAAUCAGAAUGGGGCCAUCCCGACGUUGCCAUCCUCUUCACUUGUCUGGCAUUUUACUAUGAUGGUGUCAAUCCUUCUCAGCUGCGGCAAUCGCUGGAGCAUAUCCUCAAAUCUGAUGACCCAUCAACCGAGUAUGACAAUUGGACGAAAAGUACUGAGAACUUCCCCUCGUCCCUGAAAGCUUGGAACUCAAUCAAUGUGGACGAUGAGAUGCAACUUGGUGAGAUAUGGAAAGUUGUUCGAUACAAUGAGGUAGUGGUUGAUUAUUUCUUAAACAACUUUGUGUUCCCCCGACACGCAAAACAGUUUGAGGUAAAGCUCCAGUCGAACGGUUGGGACAUCCCACUCUCGCCACUGAGUACUGCACCAGACGAUCAAAGCUCAUCGGGGAAGCCGUUGAGCACAGGUUUCAGUGGUACCAACGACAAUCGAACAAUGUUGCCAUUGAAUAUUGAACAGCACGACUUACCCAGUCUUCACCACACCAGUGCUGAAGUUCUGACCUACCUUCUUCACCCUCGAAACCGUAGGUGCAUUCUGCCCCAGGAUGUCCAAAUAUCGUCAUACCUGGGGAGAUCGUCUGAGAUGGACCUAUUAAAAUGCCUCAAGAAUAAGUCUAUUCAUGUUUUAAUCGACGCAGGGGCUCAGAUCCUGGAAAUGGACAAUAUCACUUUGGUUGAACAUUGGCUGAGAGUCGACACCCAGGCUGUGGCUGGACUGUACUUCGACCAAGAGAACAAGCCAUGGAUCUUGACCAGAGAAGGACGGAGAACGCCUCUGCUUGCUUCACCAUUUGCUGACGACCUCACCAAGUGCCUGAUUUAUCUAGAUGAGGCACACACUCGUGGAACUGAUCUUAGGCUGCCUCCUGAUGCCAAGGGCGCUCUGACUCUUCGACUGGGUCAGACCAAGGACCAUACUGUUCAAGCUGCUAUGCGUCUUAGACAGCUAGGGACCACUCAGGUUAUUUCUUUCUUCAUCCCCCCCGAGGUUCAUCAAAGUAUUGCCGAUCUGCAGAACAAAACAAUGCAUGAGUUUAUUGACUCAAGUGAUGUUAUCCAAUGGCUCUUGGACAACACUUGUGACCAGAUAGAACAGUUACAGCCACUCUACUACUCCCAGGGUAUAGAUUUCUGUCGCAGAAUGCAGGCUGCAUUAGACUAUCCCAAGUUCUUGACCGAUAGAUCUCAGCGAAAGUCAUAUGUGCAGGCCAUCAAGCAAGAUGAACAGCAGAGCUUGCAAAACCUUUACGAGCCGAAAACGAGAAGUCGCGCUGCUGGGAUGCAAACCUUCAGCAACGAGAUUCUUAAAGGCUUUAUUCAAGAUCUCAAUGCUAGGAAGAAGACUUUCCAGGAUACAGGAAAGGCGGUACAUGCUUCUGCUCUGCAAGAGGUUGAACAGGAGAGAGAGGUGGCCUUUGAAGUUGAGUCUGUACGACAGGUCAAGAAGCCUCAGCACUACGCAGCCUACUCUUUCCCAGGUCUCAAUCCCAGCCUCGAAGCUUUUAUCAGAACUGGCAGGCUGCCUGCAGAUACUAAUUACUUUAUCCAUAUAUUCCAUGCUCUUGCUCGAACUGGAACAGGGCGCAAAUUCAAGGUGAAUACUAAAGCCACGAAUUCCAAACUUCUUGAGACAGUUGAAUUUGGCCGAACCAUCAAGCCUAAGGGCGACCUCUCCACUGAUAACUUCCUGCGCCCAGUCAACUGGAUCCUUUGGAGUCCGGUCGCCGAGAUUGCGAUCGUGAUCAUGCCUGAAGAGGCCGAGGCUCUGAUCCCUAUUAUGCGAGACCCCAGCUCGAAUGUUCCCACACAUCUUCUUAUUUACUCGGCACCUAUCACUCGCAAGAUGCUCCUAUUCAACGACCUGACAUUCCACAGCAUUCCUCCGCUCCCUCCAGACUGGAAGGCACCAUGCUGGCUGCAAAUUGAACUGGGAAUUUACGCUGGACGAUUGUAUUUUGAGUGGGAUGAGUACGAGAAUAUGUGUGCCUUGAUGGGGAUUCAAGAUGGAGCUGUCGAAGAUGAUGAGAUAAGUAUGGGAGAGAUGAAGGACGACCCGGUGAACGAUGAGUCCAUUAACAUGGAUAAGCUCGAGCCGCAUAAACAGCUGCAAGCCGAGUGCAAGCUUGCCCAGAAUCCAUUGACAUUCCUCCAAGAAUGGCUUGCGGUCCGCCGUCGUGGUCAGGACUUUGCUCAUAGCCCGAUGGGCUUUGUCAGUCAGGGAAAGCGCCUUCAAGGAGACCACAUCUUCUUCAAGCAAGCUGAGCAUGCCGUAGGCUCUAAUGACCUGGCUCCGUUGCCCCUUGCCACUGCAUCAACCGAAAAAGACGACCGAGACGACGGAUACUACGGCGUCGACGAUAUGGGUGCAAAUGAAGCUGGAGACAGUGAUUCUAGCGACGACGACAUCGAGUACGACGAAUUUGAGUACGCCGACAGUGCAUCAUCGAGUAACUAA